UCCCGAAACCCUAGCAAACUCUCUUGUCCUUUUUCUUCUCCCCUCUCCCCUCGCCGAAGAGAAGAACGCGCUCGGGAGAGUGAGCUAUGGCGAAGGACAAGCGAAAGAGAUCCCAAUCUGUCGACCUCGACGAAGAACCAUCAAGAGUGGAAUCGAACAAGGAGAAGAAGCCAAAGGUGCUCCCUUCGCUGAUAAAGAACAAGGACAAGAGGAGCCAGGUCCACGCCAAGCUCAAGAAGGAGAAGAAGAUCGAGAAGCGAAAGCAGGCCAAGGCCCGCGACGCCGCACACAAGAGAGCCCUCGAGCUCGGCGAGGAGCCACCGGUGAAGCAGACUCCGAGGACGAUUGAGAAUGCGAGGGAGCCUGAUGAGACUGUUUGUCAGCCAGAUGAUGAGGAGUUAUUUGCAGGAAAUGAUGCAGAUGAGUUUAGCAUGAUCCUAAAACAAGAGACAGCUCCAAAGAUAUUGAUCACUACAUGCCGGUUCAAUUCUUCAAGAGGACCUGCCUUUAUUAAAGAGCUAUUGUCUGUGAUCCCUAAUGCUCACUACUUUAAAAGAGGAACCUACGAGCUGAAAAAGAUUGUGGAGUAUGCAAAGAAGAGAGAAUUCACAUCAAUUGUUGUUAUCCAUACUAAUCGCAGAGAACCAGAUGCCCUCGUGAUUAUUAAUUUACCUGAGGGACCAACAGCACACUUCAAGCUCUCUAAUCUUAUCUUACGCAAGGAUAUCAAGGGCCAUGGAAAUCCUACAGGUCAUAUGCCUGAGUUAGUCUUGAACAAUUUCACUACUCGUCUUGGCCAUUUACAAUGCAAGAUGAUACAGUCCUUGUUCCCUCAAGAUCCAAACUUCCGUGGUCGUCGGGUUGUAACCUUCCAUAACCAAAGAGAUUUCAUAUUUUUUCGACACCAUAGGUACAUAUUUGAAAGCAAAGAGGCAAAAGAUGGCCCAAAGAGUAAAGCAGCUAAGGAUGACAAGGGAAAGAAACCAUCUCAAGAGCGAGUAAUUGCUCGCCUUCAGGAAUGUGGUCCUCGUUUCACACUAAAACUGAGAAGUUUGCAGCAUGGUACAUUUGAUACGAAGGGCGGAGAGUAUGAAUGGGUCCACAAGGGCGAUAUGGAUACGAGUCGCAGGAGAUUUUUCUUAUAACCAACAGAUAAAACUCUUGACCUGCUGAGUAAGUUAAUUUUGCUGAGGAAAAGUUGAUGUACUCAUCAUGUAUUCUAGUGAUCCAACAUAUCAUCAGUUUUGUUCAUCUAAUUAUUAUUGUCUAAUGUGCGAAUGAGUUCGCUUUCUUCUCAAAGAUAAAUGUGAGAUUUGUAGUUUCAUAUACCAACAGUUUAUUUAAAUGAUUAAAUCUAUGUUCUUUUGAAUUUAGUUAAUGCUGUAGGCAACCGAGGCAGCACAAGCUUAAUAAUUUAUGUCUCAAGUGAGUGCCGAAUGUUUGUCUUUUUCAGUAUGAUGUGUUUUUAUUUCAGUUGUUCCGUUUAAAGGGAGCCAUGUACAUGUGAUUAUAUACGCAGUUUGUAGGACGUGCAACAUAUGUAAACCAAGUUUGUAUGCA